CUAUUGAAGAUUACAGGAAGUUGAUGGAGAAAAGCAGGCUAGCUGGCUGGAGAGACACGAAAGGCUAGCAAUUUAGUGCUGCCAUUGACUAUUAAAUUCAUAUUUUUUUAAUUAAAUUAAAAUGAAUGUUGAUUAAGUAAAAUUACGGAUAACAUGGCGACUCUGAGAAGGGUGCAUCUGUUUGCAACGCUCAAACUGAACGUCUCACUUUUUGGCUGUCUCCUUUUUGUUGUUGUUCCAAUGUUCUCAUGUCUGAACGUUGGAGAGGCGAGGCUGGUUAGGACGAGAAAGGCGACAGAGGAGGUGGAAUCGUACAAUAAGUACUACAAUUAUGAGGAAUUAACACAACUUCUCACGAAUAUGGCUUUGAAAUACGCUCACAUUGCCAACUUGUCAAGCAUAGGCCAGUCCGUAGAGGGCAGGGAGCUGUGGGUGAUGCGCAUUACAAAGGACCCAAACAUUGACCUACCGGGGAAACCUAAAUUCAAGUAUGUAGGGAACAUGCAUGGGGACGAAACUAUCUCAAGGCAGGUUCUCGUCUACCUUGUGGAACACCUCUUGACAAGGUAUGGGGAAGACCAACGCAUCACGGAGUUGGUAACAAGAACGGAUAUCUACAUUAUGCCCAGCAUGAACCCUGACGGAUUUGAAAGGUCCAAAGAAGGGGACUGUAGUGGAGACGCCGGUGGUCGUACAAAUUCGAAGAACCAUGACCUUAACCGAAAGUUCCCUGAUCAGUUUCAGAAAAUACUUGUAAAACAAGAGGAAAUACCUGAAAUUACUGCAGUCAUAAAGUGGAUACUCGAGAAAAAGUUUGUCUUGUCUGGGAAUCUGCACGGGGGCACUGUGGUGGCAAGCUACCCGUUCGAUGACUCAGCCACCCACGAGGGCCAUGGCCAGUAUAGUCGCUCUGACGACGACAACCUCUUCAGGUACCUGGCACGGGUCUACGCUGAAAACAACCCAGUCAUGAGUAAGGGUAUGCCCAAAUGCCCCGAUACCCUGAACGAGAUGUUCAAGGAUGGCAUCACCAACGGGGCUGAGUGGUAUGACGUGCCAGGGGGGAUGCAGGACUUUAACUACUUACAUGGGAACUGUCUGGAGAUCACCAUGGAGCUGAGCUGCUGUAAAUACCCCAUGGCUUCUGAGCUGAGGAAGGAGUGGGACAACAACAGAGAGGCUCUCCUGGCCUACAUGGAGAAGGUUCACAUUGGAGUAAAGGGAUUUGUUAGGGAAGCCACCAACGGCACAGCUCUAUCUGGUGUCAGUAUCAUGGUGGCAGGCAUCAACCACAACUUGACAACGGGCCAGUUUGGUGACUACUACCGCCUCGUUCUCCCCGGUACCUACAACAUCUCUGCCAUUGCCCCAGGGUAUACACGCAUGACUGUGUCGGGUAUCCAAGUAGUUAAGGACAAGGCCACGGAGCUCAACUUCACCCUGGCACCAUUGGUGAAGGCACCCAUAGGUGGCAUAAUUGUGCCUUCUACGCCCGCCAUUACCACUCCUAUUUCAACUCCUUCUCCCGACACGACCGCCACCCUCAAGACCUCUAAUGACACCACCCAGUCUAGGGAGGGCUCCGGGGGAAGUGAGACCACAGGCGCCACAACCCAGCCGGAACACCAGCCAAUCCAGCCCCAGGAUUUCCGCCACCAUGGCUACAGCGACAUGGAGCUUUUCCUGAGGAAGUACAGCAACGAGUUCCCCUCCAUAGCCCGCCUGUACACCAUUGGCAAGUCUGUGGAGGGCCGUGAGCUUUUUGUCAUGGAGAUAUCAAACAACCCAGGCAUCCACAUGCAAGGUAAACCAGAGUUCAAGUACAUCGGCAACAUGCAUGGCAACGAAGUGGUGGGCCGUGAGCUGCUCCUCAACCUCAUUGAGUAUCUGUGCCGUAACUAUGGCAAUGACCCCGAGGUCACCGAACUGGUCAAUAACACACGCAUCCACAUCAUGCCUUCGAUGAACCCGGACGGUUAUGAAGUGGCUAGGGAAGGGGAUGACAGAGGGUACAGAGGACGCAACAACAGCAACAAUUUUGACCUGAACCGAAACUUUCCAGACCAGUUUGCCACCAUCACCGACCCCAGACAACCAGAGACCAUCGCUGUGAUGAACUGGUUGAGGAGCAUCCCGUUUGUCCUCUCAGCCAACCUUCAUGGAGGGUCUUUGGUGGUCAACUACCCGUAUGACGAUGACAAGAAGGGCCUCACAGAGUACAGCAAGAGUCCGGAUGACAUGGUCUUCAGACAGGUGUCCAAGGCAUACUCUCAGGAGAACCCUCUUAUGAUCAAAGGGUACCCUUGCACAGACCUGUAUCCAGAUGAGUUUUUUCAGGAUGGCAUCACCAAUGGCGCCCACUGGUACAAUGUCCCUGGUGGUAUGCAGGACUGGAACUACCUGAACACCAACUGCUUUGAAGUGACAAUUGAACUGGGUUGUAUCAAGUACCCUUGGGCCAAGGACCUGCCCUCCUACUGGGAUCAGAACCGUAGAGCCUUACUCCAGUUCAUCCACGAGGUCCACAGGGGAGUAAAGGGCAUGGUGAUAGACAUCAAAGAUGGAACUGGGAUCCCCAAUGCCACCAUCACAGUAGAGGAGAUCAACCACGACAUCACCACCACACAGUCUGGAGAGUACUGGAGACUGCUGGUCCCUGGAACGUACCAUCUGACUGCAUCUGCACGAGGAUAUACACCAGUAAGGAUCUAUGCCACAGUGCCAGAGCAGAGUGUGGAAAAAGUGGAGUUCCGUCUGACACGCGUACACUCCGAGACCAAGGGCCUGGUCCCUAAGGGCCCGCCGGCCACCCAGAACCCGUUGGAGGAGCAGUUCCAGAGCUUCAUCAAGGACCUGUCGCUGGGCCAGGGCCUGGAGCAGCUGGUCAGGAGCACGUCCACCGAGAGCAGCUUCCGCUACAGACAUUACAAGGAGAUUUCCGAGUUCCUGCGAGGGCUCAAGCUCAACUUCCCCAACAUCACCUCCCUGCGCAGUUUGGGCCAGAGCGUGGAGUAUAGAACCAUCUGGGCCCUGGAGAUCUCCAACAGGCCCGAUGAGCCAGAACCAGCCAAGCCCAAGAUCCGCUUUGUUGGUGGUAUCCAUGGCAAUGCUCCAGUAGGCACAGAGCUGCUGCUAGAGUUUGCUGCCUUCCUCUGCAUCAACUAUGGCAAGAACCCAGCUAUCACCCGGUUGGUAAACGAGACUCGCAUUGUCAUCCUUCCCUCCAUCAACCCCGACGGGCGAGAGUUGGCCAAGGAGAAAGAGUGCACAUCCACCAAGGGCAUGACCAAUGCUCAUGGAAAAGACCUGGACACAGACUUCUUUGGUAAUGCCUCCCAGCGCGUGGUGGAGGCCCAGCCUGAGAGCCGGGCUGUGAUGGACCUGAUCCAGGAGAGAGGCUACUCUCUGUCUGUAGCCUUGGACGGAGGCUCCCUGCUGGUCACAUAUCCCUACGACAAGCCCGUACAGCCAGUGGAAAAUGAAGAAACUUUGAAGUACUUGGCCAAUGUCUAUGCCAGCAACCAUCCUAGAAUGCACCUAGGGGACUCCAGAUGUCCAAGCAACAGCCAGAUGGGGAAUAUCCCAGACGGAGUUCUCAGGGCAGCAGAAAGGCAAAGCCACAUGGGCAGUAUGAAGGACUUCAGUGUGGACUUUGGCCACUGUCCAGAGAUCACUGUAUAUACAGGCUGCUGCCUGUUCCCUCCAGCAGAGCAGCUGCCCACACUCUGGGCAGAGAACAAGAAGGCUCUGCUCAGCAUGCUGGUGGAGGUCCAUAAAGGGGUGCGUGGCGUAGUGACGGAUAAAAGCGGAAAGUACAUUGAAGGAGCCAUGAUUGUGCUGAAUGGGGGGGUCAGGGUCUUCACUUUAGCGGGGGGCUUCUUCCAUGCCCUGCUGGCCCCUGGAAACCACAACAUAGAGGCUGUGGCGGACGGCUACCAACAGCAGCGGCAAGAGGUGGUGGUCUCAUCAUAUGAAGCCGCCGUUUCCAUCAACAUUGAGUUUGACACGGACAACCACAUCUUUGGCCUGCCCAGGGAGUUUGUGGUGGCCACUGCUGCGGCCUCCAUGACCGCCCUGGUGGUGACGGCCUGCAUCAUCUGGUGCGUCUGCUCGGCCAAGUCCAACAGGCAGAAGGACGGCUUCCACCGCCUGCGUCAGCACCGUGACGACUACGAGGACGAGAUCCACCUCACCUCCAUGGGCUCCAAGAAGUCCCUGCUCUCCCACGAGUUCCAAGACGAAAGCGAGAGUGAUGAAGACACGCUUUACGCCAACAAACUCUGAGAGCGCUCGCGCUUGACCCCCCCCCCCCCACACACAUACAGCUUUCAGUACAGUGCUGUAGCGCUGCCCCCCUCUCUCUUACCAACCGGCUGGUCGGUUUUGUGCCCUGUGGUGCUGCCCUAGUGGACAAGAGGAAGGAGAGAGGGAAGCUGGGUGGGUGGGUUGUUUGGGCCAAUGUGGCCUUGGUCUGUCCUCCUCCGAGAUAUGCCCUUGGUCUCCGAGGAUCUUUUGUAGACUAUAACCGUCCUCUCUGGAUGAUGUCCAAGAUGAAUCAUCCAAAUGAACUACUGCUUAGCUCUGUCCAUGGUACUGGUAAUCUGAUAGAGCUGCACAACUCUUUUGAGCACUCAGAUAUGAAUUCUACUUAUAUUAACACACACUAACACACAGUUAAACAAAGCACUGCAACUUAUCCAGCUCAAUCCUGUCCAUGUAUUUAUUAAGUACUACUUCUAACUAGUACAAAUGAACCAACUGAUCUGUAAUGCCCACUGAAAUGUCAAACAGUAAUCAACAGAAUCAGUGUUGCCACAGUCUUGUUCCUUUCCAGAGGAAGAAUCAAACCCUGUGCCUUGACAGAGUUAGACACACCCCUCUCCGUUUGGAGUCCAUGGGUGGUGUGUAGGAAACUAGAAAUGUAGUGGAUUCUAGACUUUUUAUUCUAGAUUUAAAUCGAUCCAUCCAGAUACUCAGGUGGCAUGAAAAGACAUCAGUAGCAGUAGAACAGGAUUCGCUGGUGGUUGGGUUCGGAGAUCUUUAUUAAAAAAAUGCACUAUUUUCUGAUCAGAGGACAAAUGGAUGAUAACCUCAGGCACCCUUUUGGCUAAAAUCAAGUGUAGACUAACCGUGGGGUCGGGGUUCUGGGGUCAAUUAAGCGCCUAAACUGAUUCACAAAGUCUGAAAACAUCCAUUGUUGAGUUUCCUAAAUGUGUCAUUGCACUAAGAGCCUCUUUUGUCUGUGGACAUAAAAGCUAGCCUCACCACUGUGACAUCUUACCUAGGGAUAGGGGCACUUAGACAUAAGAUAUGUUGUUUCCUUGUUUCAUUACCAGUGGGCAUAUUGCUAAUGUGUCCUGCUUUGAAUUACACCUGAUGAAACUGACUGUAGGUUAAGCAGCUUGUUGUUGACUCACUGAGUGCCAUUUUUGGUAAUGACAUAUUGCUGAGUCUACCUUUUCAAAAUGGUCUGAAGAUAAUCGUAAGGAUCUUUUGUGAAGCUUAACCUGUAGAAUGCAGUCUAAGGCCCUCUAUGCAUAGUGCUGACUGUACAUUAACUAUUUCAGUGGUGAGGGCAAGCACCCAAAGAUGCAAGGAUGAUUCUCUCUAGGCAUGACUCCUCUGUCUGAGAGGGUAUCAAUGUGUUAUACCCAUCUCUGCUUCAUUGGAAUGAAUUCAUAUCUCAAAAUAGAUACUGUUUGUUACUUAUCAUUUAUGUUUGGAUACCCACAUACUUUUCAAUUACAUAUGUAGUUUGAGAUUUUUUCCGUUUUCUUACUUUCUUUUUAUCAUGCUCAUUUGUUUUGUGUCUGUUUGAAUUGAAUACUUUUCACACUGAUUCAAAGGUGUGUUUAACCCUUCGGUGGUCAAUGUCUAUUCAGAUUAUUCUUGAUACAGCCAUACAUUAAUCUGUCAAAAUAUACAUUAAUCCAUAUUGUACAUCUAAGGAGCCUUUUUAAUGGAGCCUCUCUAUCGGUGAGUUUUUGGAGUAGGAAAAGUCUGAAUAAAUAUCUGCUCAGAAAAAAACUGUGGUUUCACUCUCCUGCUAUCAUUUUUUUUACAGAAUAGGUAAACCAAGUUUCCAUCAAAACUGGCCAAUUAGGGGGAAACCUCUUAAACCUGCCUCAUAGCUCCAUAACCACACACACAAACACAACCCAGUAUCAGCAAUUUGGCAAAGCCAUAAUCUAAAAGGGUAUGGGAGAGAUGUCAUUGUUCACCAUUGUUUGGAUUUCUGAGAUCCUGUAUGUUUGUCAGUGGACUGUACAUUGGAAAUUAGAGUGUGUUAUCUGAAUGAAUGUCAGUGAUCUGUAUUGAGAAUGUAUGUAUAAGUUUUCUUUUAUAUGGAAUUGAAUUUAUUGUAGAUAAUGAAAUGUUGCCAAUUGUAUGUGAAUGAAAAGAAAAUGAAACACCAGUAAGUGCAAUUCAAGUUAAUUAAGUUGAAUCGACACUCACAUCACACAUUUAAAAACAAACCUGGUACUUGGGAUGUUACAGUAAUGAGAUUCAAACAUCAACAGACUUCAAAACAUUGAUGAAAUAAAAACUAAAUUCAAAAGA